UUUGAAAACAAACACGUUAACCAGCCGGCUAGCCCAUGCUACUUUCACUUUAAGAGCUACAUAAACAUGUCAAUAGAUAUAAGACUUGCAAGUUCCCGUCCAUCUGGACCAGAUUUAUACCACGGAGAUGACCCAGGGAAUAUUGUAACCCCUGGGGAUAUAAUAACAGCUGAUACUGGCUUUAUGAGGUUAGUUUGAUUAUAUUUUGACCAAUUAACUAGGAGCGGAUAUAUAAAUUAUUAUAAAAAAAGAGAUGCGACCCUUUAUCGAUAAUUUAUAGUCAUAAUUCUGAAUAAUUAUAAUAAUAAGUCACAAUCAUAAUGAAUGAUAUUCAAUGAUAAUGGGGCUCGAUAAUGGUUUUUUAUUUAGCCCUAUUAAACUAAGGCAUAACAAUUAGGUUUAACAUACUUAGGCUACAGUAAUGAGAUUUUGAAGUAUAUAGCUCUACACUCUACAAGUUCAAAAAGUUUCACAACCCCCUCCUUUUUUUGUUUUCCAAGUCCAAACAUCAGGAUUUUAAUUUAUUUCAUAGCACUAAUUACACACUCACACUUAAAUUAUAUCAUAAAUAUAAUAUAUAUAUUAUAUAAUAAUUUAUUAUAAUUAUUAUAAUUAAUAAUAUAGUAAAUUAGUAUGUAACUGUCAAAAAUUUGUGACACCACCCCACACACUCCACUAUUUCUUUCACACAACUGAACAGUCCUUUGUUUAUUAUCUAUUAAAGUUUAUUGUUUAUUUUCAUCAGGGGUCAUGGCACUUACAUGGAAGAAGAAUGCCUUCAUGCAUCUGUAGCUGGAAUAGUGGAAAGAGUUAAUAAGCUAGUGUCUGUGCAACCACUUAAAACAAGGUAAGGGAUAUUUUAGCCAUAAAAUUAUUAUAAUUUUUGCCAAUUAUGCAGGUCCUGUGCCUAUUUGCUAUUUGAAAAUAAUCCAUCCACAGGUAACAGAUCUAAAGAGAAAAAAAGUACAAGUCCAUUUAGUUGUAUAUUUUACAGAUCAAUUACUCUGAUUUUUACAAAUUAACUUUUAUAAAAUGGCACUUUAGCUUCAAUGUGUAAAUUAAUUAUUUAAAAUAGUUUUGUUAUUGUUAGGCCUAGUUUUGAAGAAUAUCUUUAAAGUUUAAUACUUUAAUGUAAUAUAGUUAUGAGGACUGAAAUGUCAUGCCAAAUCGUCUAAUUAUUACAAAAUCUACAAAAGUGGUCAUCAUAAGGCAACUUACUUAAACACACAUUUUAGUGAAAUCCAGAUAAGAAGACUCAAGUGGGACCAUCAACUUCAUUCCAGCAGGUUACUUCCAACAUUGUUACAAAUGUCCACAGAUACAAUGGAGAGAUUGGAGAUGUUGUUAUCGGUCGAGUCAUAGAGCUGGGUCAGAAAAGAUGGCGUGUGGAGACACACUCUCGGAUGGAUUCCAUUCUCAUGUUAUCUUCAGUCAACUUACCCGGUGGGGAGUUGGUAAGCUUUUGGUUUCUAUUAUUAGUUCUGAUAAAUUCAUGAUUUCACAAAGCUCUAAAUUAGACUUACCAGACUUCCGUAUUUAGUACGGACGGUUUGUAUUUUCGACCCCCUUGUCCAUACUAAUUUUUUCAUCCAUAUUUGUCAGUACUUUCCUCUCAUCGUCUGGCUUGUCCGUACUUUUGGCGGCGAUGACUAUCUUUUCUUAUUUCCAUUUGUCUUAUCUUAUUUCUCCACAAAGGCCAGCGCAGUGAUUAGUUUCAGGUCCAUCUGAAAGUCCAAAAAUAGCAUAUUUAUAUAUCUAAUUCUGUAAAAAUAUCACGCAAUGUUGUGUAGGAUUUAUCGUCAUAAUGUUGCCAUUUCUUUUCACAAAUGAACUAGCUAGAUAUCGCUUCAAUAGUACUCAGUAGUAGCAGUAUUACAGUAAUAUUUCAUCCACUUUAUCUUCAAUGUGCUAGUUCAGUGGUUUCUAUAAUGUUUCGAUUCUCUGCGCUUAUGCCUAAUUAAGGUCUUCACCAUUCUUUUUCCCCCCCCCCCCCCCUACUACUUUUCAGUUAAAUGCUAUUUUUAUUUUAUUCUGUUUUUACUGUUUUUUGUUCGCUGCUGAAGAAAUGCUGCACCUGGGGUGAAGCCAGAAAAUAGUGCCACUUAACAUAUAGAAAAAGUGCCCUCGGGGCGGAUCAGUAAAAAUGACAAUUUUUGGCCCCCCUCGUCUUUCUGAUGUAUAUGGGAUUUGAAAUUUAAAUUCUCUAUUAAGAUUCUAUCUAAAGAAGAUUUUGGCGCCCGCUGUGACUGCCCUCUUUGCCCCAUUCUCAUGGCUCUGCUCAAGAGCAACAUGGUAUCCAGAGUGACGCAUAUUAUGGGGACCUUUGAGCUUUCCUAACUGUCAGCAGUAAAAACCCAUGACACAUUUUAUUUUAUUCCUGCGAAGUCACAAUUAUCUAUUAAAUUAUUUGAUUUCUUUUGUGUUUUUAUGGGAUGGGGACUAAAAGCCUAUUAAACUUACGAGUUUCUGCUGAGAGGGUGGUGUGUGUCCAAAAAUUCGAGCACAACAACCCCGUCGGUAUGGUUCUGGUUGCUGUGAGCCUUUGUGUCCAUACUUGGCAUCCAGAAAAUCUGGUAUGCUUAUCUAAACGCCAAGUAUCCUGGGUUUUAACUUCUGAUUUUUUUUCUCUUUUAAUCAGAGACGUCGGUCAGAGGAAGAUGAGAAAAUGAUGAGGCAUUACUUGAAAGAAGGAGACCUCAUUAGUGUAAAGUAUUAAUUUAUAUGUUGAUUACUACAUUUUCCCGGGGGGGGGGGAUUUCAAGAAUAUAAUAGAUUGAUAAUUCUAAUGGAACAUAUGAUGUACGUAUGUAAAUUAAUUAUUUAAAAUAGUUUUGUUAUUGUUAGACCUAGUUUUGAAGAAUAUUUUUAAAGUUUAAAUUCAGUCAAAAUAUUUUCACAUGUCGUUUCGGCCAACUCCAGCUAUUCAUUUAAGUGCCUUACAAUUUUUCAGGCCGAAGUUCAAAAUGUCAUGUCAGAUGGUUGUCUUUCCCUCCACACUCGCAGUCUCAAGUAUGGCAAGGUAAACAAAACCAGCAGGAUGCAAGAUUUAGAUGAAAUAAAAUGAAAAUAUGACAGUUGUAAUAAAUUUAUAUUUUAAAAUCCACUAAUAAAAAAAGUUAAAAGAUUGCAAAAUUUGAAUAAAAAUUAGUGAAGCCAAAUAUGCCACAAGGCAUUGCAUAUAAUUAAACUUGAAGAAGGAAUUUUCUUUUGUUGAAAUAUUGUUCUAUUUAAAUUGAUUUUAAUCCCAGCUGGGCCAGGGUACAUUGGUCAAGGUGUCUCCGUCACUCAUCCUGCGGCGUAAGACACACUUUCACAACUUGCCAGUCGGUGCAUCCAUCAUUCUGGGCAACAACGGCUACAUCUGGAUUGCUCCUACUGAACACAUUGAAGCUGGGGAGACUGGCGGCUAUGAGACUAACUUACAGGUGGGAAAUCUUCACUGCAAACUGUUUUUUGGCAAUUAAUACUUAGCCAUUUAACCCCCCACCAUUUCCAACAUGCCAAAUAGUGCUUUCAUAAACAAACCUACCACAACAUGCAGCAGGAAUGUGAUGUAUUAGUCUAGUCCAGGUCUGCUAAACUGCGGUGCACAAGAUGGCCAAAGUCUACUGCCCAUGAGAAUUUCACAUUUUAUUUCUGUAGAAAAUUAAAUGGUUUUAACCUUCUUUCAUUUCUAAGCUUCAAAUAUUGAACCUUUAGCAUAGUUAACUAGGCAGUUGAGAAUUUAUCAGCAAGCUUAAAGAUUACACUGACUGGUUUAGAAUCUGUAAGGAGUAUUUAAAAUAAUUUAGAAUGGGAUAUUGAAGAUUUCAUGAAAAUAUCCAAAUGUUUAAAUUCAGAUCAGUCAUUACACUUAAUAUAACUUUAACUUUUAAAAAAUUCAUUUAAUAGAUUAAAUUUAAAUUAUUAUAUAUUAUUAACACAAAUGUUCCAGUUUGGAACCCCCCCCCCCUGCUGAGAUAUUGAUCCUAGGAUAUUUGACAAAUAUUUGAAAACUGAUUUCAGCCAGUUUCCAAGGCUGACAGAGAAGUAAUAGCAAGACUAAGGAACUGUGUCCUGGCCCUGGCUGAUCAGAGAGUGCUCCUCUUCGACACUAGUAUUCUCUACACUUACGAAGCAUCACAUAAAUUUGCAGUAGGUUACAGUGGUUAA